AUGCCCAGUCCCUCAGACGACAUGCUUCAAUCUUUUCGACUUCAGGUUCUGAUAAUUGUGGUCGCCGGUAUCCAGCAGACCUGUCAUGCUGCUCCUCGUUCGGAUCGUGGCUUUUGUGCCACUGCAGCCCCAGAUGAAUCUUUGAGGGCCGAGUUUAGGAAGUUAAGCAUUUCUGGAAAUCAUGGCGCGGCUGACCAAGAGAGUCGGAAGGCGCUAGAGCCCAUUGAGAUUGAGACAUGGUUCCAUGUCGUGAGCAGCAAUUUGUCAUAUCUUCAGGAUGCGUAUCAAAAUGCGACAAUAAGCUAUCGGCUUGAAGGAGUAACGCGCCAGGUCAACGACAAAUGGGCGCGCAAUGAAGAUGAACUCGCCAUGAAACAUGCCCUCCGCAAAGGAACAUACAGAACCCUCAAUGUCUACUUCCAGUCCGAUCUCCAAGUUCCCACUGGCCCCGAGGCCCAGGGCCGUCACCUCGACCUUUCGGAACAGUUAUCAUCUAGCGUCCUUGGUUUCUGCACCUUGCCUGAUCCCAGCAUCAACGGCACUAGCCCGCGUUCCAGUUAUGUGAAAGAUGGGUGCAACGUUCUUGCAAGAACUAUGCCGGGGGGUUCGCUGACGCAUUACAACCGGGGCGGAACCGCCAUCCACGAGAUAGGACACUGGAACGGGCUCUUGCACACCUUUGAAGGGGAUUCAUGUUCUGCCAACAACGAGGGUGACUAUAUAGACGACACUCCCCAAGAGUCUAUCCCCACCGAUGGAUGCCCUAUCAGCAAAGACUCAUGUCCGGAUAGCCCGGGCACUGACCCGGUCCAUAACUUCAUGGAUUAUUCCUCUGAUGAGUGCUACGAGCACUUUACCCCAGCCCAAGUUAAAAGGAUGCGCGACAUGUGGUAUACAACGAGGGAAGGCAAAUAG